GAAACGGCAGCAGAAAACACUUGAAACUUCCUUUUCAAUAUCCAUAAAUUAACGAGACUGAAACACCUGUGUUUCUUCUCAAGUCUUCCCUCACCAAAAAAAAUAACCACCACUGUCAUAAUUCUGGGAGGCUUAAAUGGAGACUCCAGUCGAAGUCAAACCAACUCUUAGUGCAUCUGGAUUCUUAGAUGACUUGUCUAGCACUUGCAAGAUGGAUUGUCCAAAUGGAACACUAUUGCACAAGUCUGAGGCUGAGGUUCCAUUUGGCCCUGAAAUCAAUUUUCACCAGUCAGAAUCUACUCUGGUGGGUGUUCAUGGAUCACAAUCUGGAGUUUCGCGGGCUGCUCAUCAUCAAACGUUGAGGGGUACGAUUUACAGGAGCAUCCGGGUUGUAGUUUUCUCUAACAGAUUCAACUUGCUUAUGCCUUUUGGGCCUCUUGCAAUUCUUGUACAUAAUUUGACUGGUCAUAAUGGAUGGGUCUUUGCUCUGAGUUUAUUGGGUAUAAUGCCUCUGGCGGAGCGGCUAGGUUAUGCUACAGAGCAGCUAGCAUUUUACACUGGAGAUACUGUUGGGGGUCUCUUAAACGCUACGUUUGGAAAUGCAACAGAAUUGAUCAUCUCAAUAUAUGCACUGAAAAGUGGAAUGACUCAGGUUGUCAAGCUCUCUCUACUGGGCUCAAUUUUGUCAAACAUGUUGCUGGUGCUUGGAUGUGCAUUCUUAUGUGGUGGGAUUGUAUUUCAUGAGAAGGCGCAGGUGUUUAAUAAGGCAACUGCUUCUGUGAACUCAGGAUUGUUGCUGAUGGCAGUCAUGGGCCUAUUUUUUCCUACUGCUCUACAUUACACACACACGGAAGUCCAUUUGGGGAAAUCAGAGUUGUGGCUUUCAAGAUUCAGUAGCUGUGUCAUGCUUGCAGCCUACACUGCUUACCUAUUUUUUCAGUUAAGAAGUGAAAGAAGUCCCUACGUCUCUGUGAACGAGGAAGAGGGUCAGAGUGGAAACGACUCAAAUGAUGAAUCUCCAGAUAUUUCUAAAUGGGAAUCAAUAAUCUGGCUUUUAGUUAUGACUGCUUGGAUAUCAAUCUUGUCAGAAUAUUUGGUUGGCGCUAUAGAGGGAGCAUCUACUGCUUGGAAAAUUCCAGUAACAUUUAUUAGUGUCAUAUUGCUUCCACUGGUGGGGAAUGCAGCUGAACAUGCCAGUGCUAUAAUGUUUGCCAUGAAAGAUAAACUUGACAUUUCCUUAGGAGUAGCAAUAGGGUCAUCCACACAGAUAGCUAUAUUUGUGAUACCAUUUUGUGUGGUUCUUGGAUGGAUAAUGGGAAACCCUAUGGACCUAAACUUUCAACUUUUUGAGACUGGAUCACUGUUUCUAACUGUUUUAGUAGUAGCCUUCAUGUUGCAGGAAGGAACUGCUAAUUACUUCAAAGGAAUAGUGCUAAUUUUCUGCUAUCUGAUAGUGGCAGCAGGUUUUUAUGUACAUGUAGACUCAUCAGUGUAGGUUAGGAAAUAACUUUCACAUCACGUUUAGUUUUCUCUGGUAAUUUCUAUUUUUUAAGAUGAGGUUUGUUCCCUGAUGCAAAUGUGAGGAAUUAGUUGUGCUUUGUAGAUGUCAUAGGUAUCUUGCUGGUCAGAUUGCUUUUUGUUCUAAACAAGGUUCAGUUUCAACCUAUGUAUGCCAGAAUAUGGAGAAAUGUAAUUACUAAUAAGGCAAUAUAAGGCAAGUCCAAUUUGAGUUGGCAAAGUAUCAUCCUAAACUUCAUGAUACACAUAAAAGUACAAAAGUUCUUGGAGAAA